AUGGUGACGAUAAUGGUAACGGUGACAAGUAACGGCCACUAUAACGGUAACGGUAAUGAUAACGGUGACGAUGACGGUGAUGGUAACGGUGAUAGAAACUAUUCUAAUAGCGAUGACUUAAAAGACGAUGGUAAUGGUGACGGUGGCGGUAAUGGUGAUGGUGACGGUGACGCUAACAGUAACGGUGAUGGUCACAGUAACGGUGACGUUGACGGUGACGGUGACAGUAACAAUAAUGGUAAUGUUAAAGAUAAUGUGACGGUAACAAUGACGAAAACGGUGAUGGUAAUGAUGAAGGUGACGAUGACACGUAAAGAUGACGAUGACGAUAACGGUAACAAUGACAGUAACGGUGAUAGUGACGGUAGCGGUAACGAUCACGAUCACGAUGAUGGUAACGAUAAUAGAAAGAGUAAUGGUAAUAGUAAUGGUAACGGUGACGAUAACAGUAACGGUGUCAAUGACGAUAAUCCUGACGGUAACGGUGACGGUAGCUGUAACGUUAACAGUAACGGUGACAGUAGCUGUAAUGGUGACAGUAACGGUUACAGUGAUAUUAACAGUAUCGCGGAUGGUGACAGUAAUGAUAAUGGUGAUAGUAGCCGUAAUGGUGACUUUGACGUUAAUAGUGAUGUUAACAAUAAUAGUGACAGUAAUGGUCAUGAUGACGUUAACAGUGACGGUAAUGGUAACGAUGAUGGUAACUUUGACGGUAAUGAUAACAGUAACAGUAAUAGUGACGGUAAUGGUCACAAUGACGGUAAUGGUGACGAUGAUGGUAACGGUAAUGGUGACAGUAAUGGUCACGAUGACGGUAAUAGUCACGAUGACAGUAAUGAUAGCGGUAUUAAUAAUGGUCACGAUGACAGUAACGGUAGCGGUAAUAAUAAUGAUCAUGAUGAUGGUAACAGUGAUAGUAAUAGUGACGGAAACGAUAAUGGUGACGGUAGUGGUCACGAUGACGGUAAUGGUGAUGAUGAUAAUAGUGACGAUUACGGUAAAGACGACGAUAACGCUGUUGGUAAUGGUGAUAGUAAUGGUAAUGGUAACAAGGACGAUAACGGUGAUAGUGAUGGUAGCAGUGAUGAUAACAGUGACAGUAACUGUGAUAGUAAUGGUUACGACAACAGUAAUGAUAACGGUAACAAUGACAAUCACUGUAACGGUGCCGGUAACGACAACGAUAACAGUGAUGAUAACGGUAACUAUCAUGAUAACGAUCACUUUAAUGGUUAUGCUUAUGGUAACGACAAUGGUAACAGUGACGGUGACAAUAACGGUAAUGGUAAUGGUAAGGGUGACGGUGAUAGUAAUGAUAACGGUGAUGGCAAUGGUAACGAUAGCGGUGACAGUAACAAUGACGGUAACGGUAACGAUGACAUUCACUGUAACGAUAACAGUAACGUUAAACGAUCACUGUAUUACACUAACGGUAAUAGUCACAGCAACAGUCACGGUAAUGGUCACGGUAACAGUGACGGUGACUAUACUAGUGAUAGCAACGAUGACGGUAACGAUUUCGGUAAUUGUAAUGGUAACGUUGAGGGUGAUGAUGAGAGUAAUGGUAAUAGUGACUAUAAUGGUGACAGUAAUAAUUACGAUAAUGGUGACCGUAACGAUUACGAUAACAAUUAUGAUAAUGGUUACAAUAACAGUUACGGUGAUAGUAACGGUGGCGGUAACAAGCAUGGUGACGGUAACGGUAACGGUAAUGGUAAUGAUGACAGUGACAGUAAUAGUAAUGGUAACGAUGAUGAUAACGGUGUCGGUGACGGUAACGGUAACGGUGAUGUUAAGGAUAACAGUGACGGUAAUAAUGACAGUAAAGGUAACGGUCAAUGUCGUAGUGAUGGUGAUGGUAACGGUAACUAUGAUGGAGACAGUAACGGUGACAGUGACAGUAACGAAGACGGUAACAGUGACAGUCACGGUGGUGGUAACGGUCAUGGUCAUGGUGACGAUUACAUUGAUGAUCACGAUCACGGUACAAAUUACGUUAAUAGUAACAGUACUGGUAACGAUGACAGUAACAAUAACAAAAAGAGUAACGGUAACAAUAAUGGUGAUGGUAAUGGUCACGAUGACUUUAACGGUGAUGGUAACAGUAACGUGACGGUAACAGUAAUGAGGACGGUAACGGGGACAGUGACGGUAAUGGUCACGAUGACAGUGAUGGUGACGGUAACGAUGAUGGUAACGGUAAUGGUGAUUAUAAAGGGGAUGGUAACAGUUACAAUGACAAUAACGGUAAUGGUCACUAUAACGGUUAUGGUGACAGUAAUGGUAACGAUAACAGUAAAAGUAAUUAACGGUAAUGAAAAUGGUGACUGUAAUGAUGACGGUCACGGUGAUGGUAACGAUGAUGGUUAUGGUAAUGGAUACGGUAACGAUCACGGUCAAGGUAACAGUGACGGUUACAGUUACUGUGAUGGUAACAGUAACAGUAAUGGUGACGGUAACAAUAAUAGAAACAUUAACGAUAAUGGUAACGAUGACAGUAAUAGUAAUGGUAACGGUAACGAUGACGAUAACCUAAUGGUAACGGUGAUGGCAUCGACAAUGGUAAUGGUGAUGGUAAGGGUAAGGGUAACGGUAACGGUAAUGGUGAUGUUAAGGGAAACGGUAAUGGUAACAAUGAUGAUCAUAGUGACGGUAACGGUGAUCAUAACAGUCAUGGUAACGGUGACCAUAACGGUCACAGUAACGGUGACCGUAACGGUCACGAUAACGGUGACGAUGAUGGUCACAAUAAUGGUGACGGUGACUCCAAUGGUAAUGGUAAUGGUAACGAUAGUGGUGACAGUAACGGUUACGAUAACAGUAACUAUAACGGUAAUGGUAAUAGUAACGGUGACAAUAACUGUUACAAUAACGGUGACGAUUACAGUUAGGGUCAUGAUAACGGUGAUGGUAACAUUGACGAUAAUGGUGAUAAUUACGGUUACGAUAACAGCAAUGGUAAUGGUGAUAGUCACGGUAACGGUGAGAGUCACGGUAACGGUGACGAUAACAGUGAUGAUGAUGUCCUAG